AUGCCGUACGCUCAACUCGUCGUCGGUCCCGCGGGUUCGGGUAAAUCGACGUACUGUUACAACAUCCAUCAGCACUGCGCCUCGAUCGGUCGAACGGUGCACGUGAUCAACCUCGACCCGGCGGCGGACGACUUCCGCUACCCGGUGACUGCGGACGUUCGCGAACUCAUCUCCCUCGAAGACGUCAUGGAGGAGGAAGACCUCGGCCCGAACGGCGCGCUCAUGUUCUGCAUGGAGUACUUCGAGGAUAACAUGGACGAUUGGCUGGCCGAACAGCUGGAAGGGUACACGGAGGACGACAUGGUGAUCUUCGAUUGCCCCGGGCAACUCGAGCUGUACUCGCAUCACACGGCGUUUCGAUCGUUCACGAAACAGAUGAUGAACUGGGGGUGGCGAAUGGUGUGCGUGUACGUGCUCGAUUCGCAAUUUAUCACCGACGGCUCGAAAUUUAUCGCCGGAUGCUUGCAAGCGCAGAGCGCGAUGUUGCAUUUGGAGCUGCCGCACGUCAACGUGUUCAGCAAGGUGGACAUGUUGGAGGACAAGACGGUUUUGGACCCAUAUCUCACCCCAGAUCACACCGCGUUGGCGGACGAGCUCGAUGAAAGAAUGGAUCCAAAGUAUCGCAAGCUCAAUCGCGCGAUCGCGAGCGUCAUGGAGGAUUUUUCCCUGAUUUCAUUCGUACCGCUGGACAUUUCCGACGAAGACAGUUUGCAAUUCAUGCUGUAUCAGUGCGAUUGCGCCAUCGGUUACGGCGAAGACGCGGACGUGCGCACGAGCAGAGACGUGGAGCACGGCGAUGAACCAGACAUGAGCAAUCUGUCGCUCGAGUGA